AAUUUCUCGAAAAUGAAUCUCAAACAAAUGUUGAAAAACUCGGGGAAAAUUGCCUUUGGUGGAGUUGGGUUUAUUUCAUCGUUUUACACAAUGGUCGAGUUGAUGUAUUUUUUAUCUGACCCGAAUUAUAACAGAAAAGUGAUCUCAUCCCAGGAUUCGUGGCUAUCGGCAUCGUGGAGUUUGUUUAUAAACAUGGCCUUGUUAUCGUUAUUUAUUCUGCAGCAUUCAUUACUGGCAGUGCCUAGUAUAAAGGAAACCGUCCGGAAAUAUGGGUUGCAAGAUUUAUACAGAAGUUUUUACGUUAUAGCCACUAUGGUGGCUUUGCAGAUUUUUAUCAAGAACUGGCACGAUAUUCCUGAGUUAACACUUUGGAAGUUUAACAUGAAUUCCAGACCUUUCUGGAUGCUAUACACAUCAAUUCAUGUAACCGCUUGGUUGAUUAUUUACAUUGGAAAUAUUUGUAUGGACAUAACUGAACUUAUAGGCAUAAAACAAAUCUACUACAGUAUUAUAAACUGGCCCGACCCUAAUUUAAGAAAAUCUUAUCAGUUACAACGUCUCAAUUCUCACAUGAGACAUCCCAGUUUUUUGGCAUUUGUCUUAAUAUUUUGGUCUGUGCCUGUUAUGAGUCUUGACCGCCUUUUACUUGCAUCGAUAUUGACUUUGUAUAUGUUUAUUUCAUGGAAUACUGAUGAAAACGAUUAUGCAUACCAAUAUUAUCAGUACGUAAGAAAAUUUCACGAACUGGAAAACUUGCACAGUUAAAAUACAACCCAGGAGACUGCUUAUCAUUACAAAAUAUUUAUUUUUACUUCUUUUAUGUACCUAACUGAUAAAAACUUUAAUUUUUUAAGCUAAUAUACUAACUAUUAUAUUGA